UUGGUGUGCAUUUCACUUGCAGGAGAAUUGCAUUUACAACUCAGUACAUACUGGGAUUUACAAUUUGUGUUAAAAAUUACAAGGAAAUAAUGACUGAAAACGUAACAGCCUUGCAAAUAUUUAUGUCCUCCACGUUAGCAGCAACGACGAGCGAUCUUCUAGAGCAAAAUACAAAUUCAACUUUACCUACUUUACUGCCCACGACACUUGCAUCAGCUACCACAAGCAAAACAACAGAUGCAACGGAUACGGAUAUUGAGCCAGACGAUAGUGGGCACUUCAUUUUAAUUCCACUCACUGUUCUUUUGCUUAUUGUGGCUUUAUCAGCGCUAGUAUUCUUGAUAGGGCGAAAUAGACGCCGCCUAGCUCGUAUCUAUUGCCGACGAAGAAGUGAGCGCAAGUAUUCACUUGAAGACGAUUCCGAUACGCCAAUGGAGCAGGGUGACGAUUAUGAUUUCGACGAUCCGAGCGAAUGUCUUCUGAAGGGGAAACUACAAAUCGAUAAUAGUUACGCAAGUACACUUCGCAAGGAACUAUACACUUAAGCAAGCAUACCAAACUUUGACGAAAAUAGCGGUUAUUAGAGCUAUUAAACUAUCAAAUCAUAAAAUUUUUCCUGCUAUAAUUGUUGCACCUGAUGUUUCGUAAUAGCACAUGAUACUCAAAUACAAAGAUAAUUCUCGCGCUAUGCUCAUAAAUUAAGACAAAGAUCGUUAUGGAAACUAAGCUAGAUUCUAAAUAUAUUUUUGCUUCGAUCCAAAGUCUAUGAAAAUAGAAAAUACAUUAUAAAUAAGCAUUAAAGUGAUUCUUACAACUAAUCAAUUAUUUUUAAUUUGAGUAUAUCUGUUUCUAUACACAUCGAUUGUCCUGUGCAAUAACCAUUCAAAAUUCAACAAAUAAAAACUGUUACUACUGUUAAGUGGCUCUUGUCUCUAAUCCAUUUCCAUCCCUUACUAAGGAAGCAGUAAGGAUUGCUAAAGUAAGUUCAAAUAUGAGACAUGGAUUCGAUAAGGAUUAGAGACAUGAGCUACUAAACAGUAGUAACGGUUUUUAAUUGUUGAAUUUUGAAUUGUGUCGUUAUUGCACAGGACCAUGGACAUAAAGAUAUGUAUGUAUGUACGUACAUAUUACAUAUAACCGUUUGUUAAGGGCAUGCCUAUAGACUUAAAAUUAAAGAACAUUGCGAUUUCAUAUCAA